AUGGUCCACAUCGGCUGGCUGCACUCCCAUUAUCUUCUCGCUUCCUCCCUGAAGCAAAGCCCUAAAAGCCCGGGCAUCUUUAGACCCUUUGGAGACGCCAAGACCCAGAGAGCGCGAGCAGCUGGCUUGACAAGGCACAGCCGGCUGGUCUGGGGAGGGAGCUGCCUCCGGCCCAGGGCGGACGUCACCAUGGCCUUCCUGAUACACCUGCUGGUCUGCACGUUCGGGAUGGGCUCCUGGGUAGCCAUCAACGGGCUUUGGGUGGAGCUGCCCCUGCUGGUGGCAGAGCUCCCGGAGGGCUGGUAUCUGCCCUCCUACCUCACAGUGAUCAUCCAGCUGGCCAACAUCGGCCCCCUGCUGGUCACCCUGCUCCAUCACUUCCGGCCUGGCUGCCUCUCCGAGGUGGCCGUUGUCUUCACCGUGCUGGGGGUGGGCACCAUCGCCUGCACCCUCUUCGCCUUCCUCUGGAACAUCACUUCCUGGGUGCUGGGCAGCCAGCACAGCAUCGCCUUCCUAGUCCUCACCUUCUUCCUGGCCCUGGUGGACUGCACCUCCUCUGUCACCUUCCUGCCCUUCAUGAGCAGGCUGCCCACCUACUACCUCACCACCUUCUUUGUGGGCGAAGGACUCAGCGGCCUCCUGCCUGCACUGGUGGCUCUCGCCCAAGGCUCGGGUCUCACCACCUGCGUCAACGUCACGGAGAUAUCGGCCACCACCCUGAGCCCUGAGACCACCAGGAACGUGGAGAGCCCACAGGGAGCUAGCAGCACUUUGGUGUCUGAGCUCGCUGGGAGAGCGCCCUCCGUGACCCACCUGGAAAGCCGUUACCUGCCCGCCAACUUCUCGCCCUUGGUCUUCUUCCUCCUGCUCUCCUUCAUGAUGGCCUGCUGCUUCGUCGCCUUCUUUUUCCUCCAGCGUCAACCCAAGCGCUGGGAAGCCUCCAUAGAAGACCUCCUCACCUCUCAGGUCACCCUCAACUCCAUCCGGCCGCAGGAAGGGAAGGACCUGGGUCCCCCAGAGGAGAGCGGCAAGGCCCAGGGCGCUCCGGAGGAGAAGACGGCCCCCCGGCACCUGGCCCCGCGGGCGUUCAUCUACGUCCUGGUGGCCUUCGUGAACGCGCUCACCAACGGCGUGCUGCCCUCGGUGCAGACCUACUCCUGCCUGUCCUACGGGCCUGUGGCCUACCACCUGUCUGCCACCCUCAGCUCCAUGGCCAGCCCUCUCACCUGCUUCCUCUCCGUUUUUCUGCCUAACAGGUCUCUGCCGUUCCUGGGAGUCCUCACAGUGCUCGGGACCAGCUUCGGAGCCUACAACAUGGCCAUGGCUGUGAUGAGCCCCUGCCCCCUCAUGCAGGGCCACUGGGGCGGAGAAGUCCUCAUCGUGGCUUCUUGGGUGCUGUUCACUGGCUGUCUGAGCUACGUCAAGGUGAUGCUGGGUGUGAUCCUGCGCGACCACAGCCGCAGCGCCCUCCUGUGGUGCGGAGCGGCGGUGCAGCUGGGCUCGCUCCUGGGAGCGGUUGUCAUGUUCCCGCUGGUCAACGUGUUGACGCUCUUCUCAUCCGCUGACUUCUGCAGCCUGCACUGCUCCGCCUAA